UCAUUUUCACUCCCUUCUCUCACACUCUCUUCACCACUGACUCAAUCAGCUACUGCAUCAAAUGGCCUCUGUGGCGCUCAGGAACACCACCUCGAAGCGGCUGUUCACGCUCUCCCCCCAAUUAUACUCAUCAUGCUGCCGAGGAUCCGUCGCCGCGCCGCUCUCCGUUUCCGAUUCGCCGAUAAUGCCCAAUCCGUGGUGGAGAUCCAUGGCCACAUUUACCCGGACAAAACCACAUGUCAAUGUGGGAACCAUUGGGCAUGUUGACCAUGGGAAGACCACCUUGACUGCGGCUAUUACCAAGGUCUUAGCAGAAGAAGGGAAGGCAAAGGCUAUUGCUUUUGAUGAAAUUGAUAAAGCCCCUGAAGAGAAGAAGAGAGGGAUUACAAUUGCUACGGCUCAUGUCGAGUAUGAGACUGUGAAGAGGCAUUAUGCUCAUGUAGAUUGUCCAGGUCACGCUGACUAUGUUAAGAAUAUGAUUACUGGAGCUGCACAAAUGGAUGGAGGUAUUCUUGUUGUAUCCGCACCUGAUGGACCAAUGCCACAAACUAAGGAACAUAUUCUGCUUGCUCGCCAGGUUGGUGUGCCAUCACUUGUAUGUUUCCUGAAUAAGGUUGAUGCUGUUGAUGACCCAGAACUGCUGGAACUUGUGGAAAUGGAGCUACGUGAAUUGCUUAGCUUUUACAAGUUUCCCGGGGAUGACAUUCCUAUUGUCCGAGGAUCAGCCUUGUCUGCGUUGGAGGGUAAAAAUGAAGAAAUAGGGAAACAGGCAAUUUUAAAGUUAAUGGAUGCUGUAGACGCCUAUAUUCCCGAUCCUGUACGCCAACUUGAGAAAUCUUUCUUGAUGCCUGUUGAAGAUGUUUUUACCAUUCAGGGGCGUGGAACUGUGGCAACUGGCCGUGUGGAACAGGGUAUCAUCAAACCUGGGGAGGAAGUGGAAAUUUUAGGGCUGUCGCAGAAUAAACUUAAAACUACAGUAACUGGUGUAGAGAUGUUCAAAAAGACGCUUGAUAAUGGCCAGGCUGGAGACAAUGUGGGUCUGCUUCUACGUGGCUUGAAACGUGAUGAUGUCCAAAGAGGGAUGGUGAUUGCAAAACCAAAUACCAUUAAGACAUACACAAGAUUUGAGGCAGAAAUAUAUGUCCUCACGAAGGAGGAAGGGGGUCGCCAUACUGCUUUCUUCUCGAAUUACAAACCUCAAUUCUACUUGAGAACAGCUGAUGUCACUGGUAAAGUCGAGUUGCCCGAAAAUGUGAAGAUGGUUAUGCCCGGGGACAAUGUAACUGCUGUCUUUGAGCUCAUCUACCCAGUUCCUCUCGAAGCAGGACAAAGAUUCGCCCUGAGGGAAGGUGGCCGGACUGUAGGGGCAGGAGUUGUUUCAAAGGUUAUGAGUUGAUGCAGUUUAUACGCGAUGAAACAAGUCGAGACGAUUUAAUUUACCAUGUAUGCCUUUUGUCAUGACACAAGGGAUUGCCUACGAAGAGCUUUAGCUGAAAAUAGGUCAUUAAAAUGGUGCUCACUGGCACUUUUUUUUGGCAAGCUGAUGCAUUUAGAAACUAGGAAUUGUAGUAAAUUUAAUAAUUAAUUUUUUCUCUGCAUUGCAUUGGUAACUUUACCAUGCUUUGCCUUGAAAAUUGAGGUGGUCAAAUGAGUUGAUAUUACUCUACUGUUUUUUGUAUUGAAAUCAAUUUCAUUAUAAUA